CGCCCCGCUGGGCUCGUGGGCUCUGCCUUGCCGGCGUGGGGAGACCCGGCCCGGAGCCAUGGCGCUGCCCCUCGCCCUGGGGCUCUGCUGGGGGGCGCUGGCGGCAGCAGCGGGGGAGCCCCACAGCCUGGACAUCCUGAUCACGGGGCUGAACGAGCCGGGCGGGACUCACGGGUUCUUCAUGCUGGCCAAGCUGGACGGGCUGGAGCUCGCCUCCUACAGCAGCGCCAGCCGCGAGGUGAAACCCCUCCGGGCGUGGGCAGCGCAGGCCGUUGGCGCGAGCUAUUUAAGGAAGAAGACCCAGGAGUUCAGGCUCUACGAGGCCAUCUCCCGAGUGGUGACCCACCGGUGGAUGGUGCAGCACAACCAGACCGGCGGGAUCCACACCCUGCAGCUGCACGUGAACUGUGUGCUGGACGGGGACACCCCCGUGCGAGGGCAGUUUCACUUUGCUUUCGACGGGCAGGAUUUCCUCAUCCUGGAGAGAAACCAAUCCGCGUGGGUGCCGCUGGCGCCGGGAGCCUCCAACGAGACGCACUUCUGGGACGCUGGCCACACCUGGACCCUGUUUGCCAGGGAGUUCCUGCAGGAGGAGUGCGUGGACACCCUGAGGAGCCUGCUGCGGGGCGGGAUGGAGGCUCUGGGACGGCAGGUCCCCCCAGGGAUCUCGGUGACCUACAGAGACGCCCCCCACGGCUCCGCCACCCUCUCCUGCCACGCCAGGGGCUUUUAUCCGCGUCCCAUCCGCGUCUCCUGGGUGCGGGACGGGGCGGAGAUCCUGCCGCCCAUGAACACCAGCGGGAUCCUGCCUCACGCCGACGGCACCUACCAGAUCUGGCAGUCCCUGGAGAUCCCCCCGCGGUGGGGCCACAGCUACGCCUGCCGGGUGGCACACAGCAGCCUGGGGGAGCCGGCACCCACCACGGCCCUGCCCGAGGUCUCGGUUUCCCGCAGAGACGCCCCCGACGGCUCCGCCACCCUCUCCUGCCGCGCCAGGGGCUUUGACCCGCGUCCCGUCCACGUCUCCUGGGUGCGGGACGGGAAGGAGACCCCGGCGCCCCCCAUCGGUGACACGUCCCAGCUCCAGUCAUCCGUGGGGAUCCCGCAGCAGGCCGGGGCCGGGCACAGCUACUCCUGCCGCGUGCAGCACCGCAGCCUGCAGGAGGCGCUGGCGACUCCGGCGCCCGGGGAGAUGGGGGGCCUGGCCCCCGGGAUCCUGGCUGCCCUCGGCCUCGCUGCGCUGGCUGGGGCCGGCGCCGCGCUGGCUGGAGUCGUGGUGUGGAGGAGAAAGCGCUCGGACUCUGGCAGAAGCAGCUUCGCCCCGACUGCCGGAGAGGAUCCCACGCCCGGCCUGGACCCCACUGGCCCGUGUCGGACCCUGCCGGUGUGA